CUUAUCUGGACCGACCAGCUCGUCUUCCACACUCUCUCACCAUUAUUCACUUUUAUACUUGCAUUAUUGACAGUCUAUGAUGAUACUCAGCUCUUAUAUCUCGUCUUAACAGUUUGUCACUGGCCCCGCCGGCAAGGCUAGUUAGCGCAUGCUACUUUCACUUUAUUACAUGCAUGAUAUUCUAGUCUGUCCUGACCUCUUAGUGUGUCCCUUCUGAAACGAGCCCUAUCGUGCUGCUUGGACUGUUAGCCUCUCAUAUGGAAAAGCAGUACGGAAAGGAAGAUGGCGACAGCAACAAAUGGCAUUCCUGAUGCCGACUUGGUGCAGGUCUCCCCAGCUGGUCAUACUCACCCUGAAGCAAAACGAUCUAAUGAUGAGAUGAUCGACGAGAAGCGCGACCCUGACUCCAUAUCUCAAGGCUCUGACGACUCUCCCGUGAUAGAAGGCAAAGACGAGGAAUCACAUGUCCGCACUACCUUUCCAGAUGAAGAGAAAGAAGGUCCGAUAGUGGUACCUAGAUUGAAACGAAGGGGACUUUUUGGUCAGCUCUCGUUGCUGGCUGAAGUUGAGAACCCCAAGGUAUAUCCGCGCAAGACGAAAUGGUUUAUCACAUUCGUGGUAGCAGUGGCAGGAGCUGCAGCUCCAAUGGGUAGCUCAAUCUUCUUUCCCUCCCUUUCCCAAGUAUCAACGGAACUGGGAACCUCAACAACCAUAACAAAUUUAUCAAUUUCCCUAUACAUGCUUAGUAUGUCGAUCUUCCCACUGUGGUGGUCAUCUUUUAGCGAAAGAUUGGGACGACGAACGAUAUACCUCGUUUCCUUCAGCCUCUUCGUCGUUUUCAACUCUCUCUGCGCCAUCUCUAGUUCAAUAGCUAUGCUUAUUGUACUGCGAAUGUUGAGUGGUGGUGCAUCUGCAUCAGUUCAAGCGGUUGGUGCUGGAACCAUUGCGGACCUUUGGGACCCCCAAGAAAGGGGACGUGCUAUGAAUAUCUUCUAUCUCGGUCCGCUAUGUGGACCUCUGAUAGCCCCAAUUGUAGGAGGUGCUUUAGCUGAACGCUGGGGAUGGCGAAGUACGCUUUGGUUUCUGGCCGCCUAUGGAGGGCUCACCGUGGUUUUCAUCUUUUUUGCCCUUCCAGAAACACUGGCAAACACGAAACUCCAGACACAGGAGGCGAAUAUCGAGCAAGAGGAAACUAUUAGGCGUCAAGUGAGUCGAGUAUCCUCUCGACAAGUCGUUCAGUUCACCACUAGGUGGUUGAAGGUCCUCAAGAUGGUGUUUCUCGACCCUUUGAAAAUCAUUCUUUACCUGCGUUAUCCUCCCGUUCUACUAACUGUAUACUACGCAAGUAUCACUUUUGGAUCUCUCUAUGUGCUAAAUGUCAGUGUUGAGCAUACAUUCAGCGCUAGCCCAUAUAACUUCAGUACAAUCAUCGUUGGCCUACUUUAUAUACCCAACUCGCUCGGAUAUGUUGUUGCUAGCACCUUCGGAGGCCGUUGGAUGGAUAGCAUCAUGCAACGGGAGGCAAAGAAAGCCAAAAGAUACGACGAACAUGGAAACUUGAUCUACCGUCCCGAAGACCGGAUGCGUGAGAAUGCCUGGCUUGGCGCCAUGCUCUACCCUGCUGGACUGAUCUGGUAUGGAUGGUGCGCGGAUCGAGGCGUGUUUUGGCUUGCACCGAUGAUUGCCAAUUUCUUCUUCGGCGUUGGAUCGAUGCUCAUUUUCGGCAUGGCAACGACCAUGCUGACAGAGUUCAUGCCCAAGAAAUCCUCUGCAGGUGUCGCACUGAACAAUUUUAUGCGAAAUAUCUUCUCCUGUGUGGGCUCAGUUGUCACCGCCCCGAUCAUCGAUGCCAUUGGCAAUGGAUGGCUGUUCACCAUUCUCGGACUGGUCGCGUUUGCAAGCAGCUCCGUCCUAUUCGUGAUGAAAGUUUACGGGCCUCGAUGGAGGAAAUCGAUGGAUGCUCUGAGAACAUGACGUCCUUUAUGACCAGUCUCGGUCAUUGGUACGCUGCGUUGGGUGCCAAACACUGUUACUUGGGUCUAGACACUGUUGGUAAGUGUCGUGUUUUGUCAUGAUUAUAAUAGACGGUUGCAUAAAGCAUUUCCUUGGCUUUCUGUCUCGGGGUAUCUGCCG